GUCAUUCAAAAUUGAAUAUUGAAAUAUUAUUUUGUAAACAUACAACUUUCAAAAUAACCUUAAAAAAAGUUUUUGGUUAUUGAUUUAGGUUUCAAAAAUGGUAAACCCAAUCAAUAUAGGUUUAAAAAUGUUUAGAUCUAUAAAUAUAAUUCAAAAGUCGAACAUAUUAAAUCAAAGUAUUAAUAAUGUUGUAAAAAAUCGAUACUACGCUACACAUAAAAGAUUUUUUCGGCGGACCGAUAUAGUUCAAAAUGAAAAAAAUUGGGAGGUGACCUUGGACCAUCGACGUUUGAAAACCCCCAAUGGUCGUGUAUUAACUGUAAAUAAUGAACCUCUUGCUAGAGCCAUAGCGAUAGAAUGGGAUGCACAAAUUGAACACAUAGCUCAGCCAACAAUGCAUUUGACAGCUUUAUGCAAUACAUCAUUAGAUAAUCCAGGGAAGCUGAGUUCUCAUGAUAUAACUAGUUACCUACUUGAUUUUAUUGCAACGGACACAUUACUUUUUCAUUCAGAGGAAGAAGAAUUGAAAGAAUUACAAGAACAAAAGUGGGUCCCUGUCUUGGAAUGGUUCAAUAAACGGUUUGGAUUAAAACAAGAAAUAUCUAGAGAUCUCAUGCCUCCACCUGUGUCCACAGAAACAAGAGCAGUUUUAGCAAGACAUUUCUUGUCCUAUGACUUUCCAGCUUUAAAUGCUAUGUGCUUUGGUAUAGAAGCUCUCAAGUCGCCAAUACUAAUGCUGGCCUGUGUCGAUAGAUUUUUGGUUCCACAAGAAGCCGUAUUGUUGGCAAGAUUGGAGGAGGAAUAUCAGGUCCUCCGAUGGGGACGAGUUCCAUGGGCUCAUGAACUCAACCAAGCGGAGAUGACCGCCCGCGUGGCCGCUUCCCUACUCGUCAUACAAAGCUCUAGCGAACGACACUCAGCUGCUAAAAAGUCUCAAGGAGAUCAAAGCACAUGAUUAUGUUUUAUUUUAAAAGAUUAGAAAAAAUAGAAAACAUUUUAUUAUUA